AUGAAGAUGCAGGUGUCGUCUGCUCACAAGCAGCAGACAAGGUUGGUCAGUGGGUCUGAUUCAUGUUGUGGGAGAGUGGAGAUCCGUUAUAAUGGCCAGUGGGGAACCGUGUGUGAUGAUAACUGGGACAUGAAUGAUGCUGCUGUGGUGUGCAGAGAGUCACAGUGUGGAUCAGCCAUCAGUGCACCUCAUGGAGCCGCCUUUAGUCGAGGCAGUGGAUCGAUCUGGCUGGAUGAUGUUGAAUGCUCAGGAAGUGAAGGAGCCCUCACACAAUGUUCACACAGUGGACUAGGAAAACAUGACUGUAAACAUGGUGAAGAUGCUGGUGUUGUUUGUUCAGGUGAGCUGCAGAUGCCGACUCUUUCCCUGACCUCCACACAUGCAGCUGUUUCUCCUGGAGAACAUAUCCAGUUCAGUUGCACAACACCUAAACCAAGAUGCAAUGCUAAUGCUAAAUUCCAGCUCUUCAUGAACGGAUCAUCUAUAUCCUCCCAGACACAUGUAUCUAGUGUGACUUUCAACCUUGUUAAUGUAGACAUCUCACAUCAGGGCAGCUACAGCUGUCGUUACUCCUACCAAAACAACACUGUCAAGUCACCUUUGAGCAACACUGUUAUCAUCACUGUGGUGAACUUGCAGCAGCCCAGUAUUUCCCACAGUGCUCCUGAUGGAUGGUUUGACGUGGGGCCUCAGGGGCCAGUGAUCACCAGGGGCCACAAUUUCACUAUCAUCUGUUCAACUCAAUCUCAGUAUCCUGGCGGAUCUUUUCACCUGUUCAGAGGAUCAAACAUCACCAGGACAUCCUCCUGCUGA